AUGAGGGGUCUUAAUGAUCCUUCUAAAGUAGGGGAGGUAAAGAACUUCUUGAAUAAAAACAAAGUUAACCUUGUUGCUUUGUUAGAGACUAGAGUAAAACAACAUAAUAGUAGUAGAAUUUUGAAGAAAUUUGGUACUAACUGCUCUUGGGUUGACAACUAUGUUUGUUCACCUAGGGGUAGGAUUUGGAUUGGAUGGUUGCAUAACGAUAUCAGUUUACAGGUGAUUGAUAGGGUGGAAUAUGGCAUCCAUUGCUUAGUUAAUUCUAAGAAUGGUAAGUUUACUGCUCAGAUAACUGUGGUGUAUGGUCUACACACAGUGGAAGAUAGAGUGCCAAUGUGGAGGUAUUUGGAGGUUUUGGCUAAUGCUAUGACUGGUCCUUGUUGUGUUAUAGGUGACUUUAAUGCAGUCUUGACUAGUGCAGACAGAUCCAAUGGAAACCCUGUAACCCUUAGAGAAACCAAAGAUUUCGAACAGCUUCUGGAUAAUACAGAUUUGGUUGAGGUCAAAUCUAGUGGAUGCUUUUAUUCAUGGAGAAACAAAGGGGAAGGAGAGAGGAGAAUUGAAUCUAGAAUAGAUUGGUGCCUAGGCAAUUCUGAUUGGCACACCUUUUACACUGAUGCUUGGGUGGAAUACAUGGUUCCAGGGCUUUCAGACCAUUCUCCUUUGAUUCUUAGAAGUGAAGUGGAUACCAGACAAGGGAGUAGGCCUUUUAAAUUUUUCAAUUAUAUGGCUGAUCACACUGAUUUUGAUAAAGUUGUUAAUGAAGGUUGGGAUUUCUCAAUCCAGGGAUGUGCUAUGUAUAGAUUGUGGAACAAGUUGAAACAUGUUAAAACUGGUUUGAAGAAACUGCAUGCCAAAGAUUUUGCAAAGUUAGAAUCCAGAAUAGAGCAGCUGAGACAAGACUUGGAUGAUACUCAACUUGCUUUAGUGGACAAUAACACUGAUAUCACUCUGCAGAGAAAAGAGAAGGAUCUGUUGGGGUCUUUGAAGAAAUUCUAG